AUGGCAAGAGGAAUAGACAAUGGAAAGAACGGAAGAUGGGACACAGAGACUAAUUCAGGACCUAAAGGCAUGGACGAGCUGGAAGAGGACAUGAACCCAGACAACGUGAUCGACGUCAUGCUGAAGAACCAGAGUAACUGGGAAACGGUCAAGAGAUUUGUGAACCAUGUGCAGACCAUCAAAGAGAAGAACGAAAGGUUGUGA